GGGCAGUCAAGGCAGCAGAUGACAUGAAUGGCAACUGGAGUUGGAAAAGCUCGAGGACAAAAAGGAAGAAGGCAGAGGGAUUGACCAUGUGAUCUCCUAAUGAAGCAAGCCAUACAGUUUAUGAUGGAUGCUUUCUAAAUCCCAUGCCAGGAUGGCUGCUGGUAAGAUUUACCAAACCCAAAAGGAGUAGGAUGGUGGGAGAGCAUCGCCACCGGACACCACAGUGGGAGUUUCGGCAACCCCAGCCAGUGGCACCAUGGCCAUGGGAGCAGCGCAAAGAAUACCUGUCAUGGCCAACGUCCCAGGUGGGCCAGCACAGCAAAACCAAAGAGGAGCAAAACCCCAUCCUUGGGUGUGAAGUUUGAUGGAGAUCCCCAAUAUUUGGGGUUCUUCCUGGCCCAUCUCUUAACUUAUAUGCAAGAAUAUGGGCUGGAGAUCCCCACUGAGGGCACCAAGGUGAGGAGUGUCACCCUAGCACUGGAAGUAGCUGCAGUUCAUUGGAUGGUGAUGCUCCACAAUGUGAAUGCAACCAAACUGAGAAACUCCAACUGCUUUGUGAUGGCACUCUGCCAUUGAUUCAAAAAUCCCCUGGCUGACUACAAAGCAAGGGAUCGUAUCAAAACCGUGAGACAAGGUCACCGAGCUGUGGCGGAGUAUACUGCGGAGUUUCAUGAUCUGGCAUGCUGACUUAAUGACUGGUCAAAAGACAUCCUCAUCAGCUGCUUCAAAAACACCUGCGUCUCGAGGGGGGUCCCUGCAACCCUCCAUUAGGGUAUGUCCUGGCAGAGCAGGUGGUGAUUGACCAAGCACUCAACAAGUACUAGGUGGCACAGUCUUGGAAAAAAUCACCUCAUGAGAAGAGGGAAGUAAUCAAGCCACAAGCUCUGCAAGUUCGCUCCACUGCUUGUUUCAAGUGCAGCCAAGAAGAGCACAGGGCGGCAGAGUGCAAAACCAUCCACCCAACCAAGAAAGCGAACCCCAGCCCUGUGGAGAAGACCACCAAAGCUCUGCCAUAGGCCAGAGACUGCGCUAAAGAAAGUGGAGGUCAUCGAGUUCAUCCCAUCACCAAAACUCUGACUCCACCAGACAAGGGCCAGGGAUUGACCAACACCGACUCCAAUGACAACCCUCUGGACUAACAUCGUUCUUUCGGGGGGCACCAUGCAGGUGUCCUGUCAUUCUGUUAGAGGGAGCCUGGUUCCAAGACUGUCGUGCCUUGAGAGUGCCCUGUUAUCUACCCAACACCUCAGUGUUCUCAUAACUUCUCUAUGGCAUCAUAUUGGCUGCCAGUGGACUGUUCGGGGGCUGGAUUUGGAGAAAACGAAAGAAUUGCUUUGCGCUUUUAAAGCUAAAGAUGCACUGCUAAAAAUGCAGAGAGAGCGUGACUUCCAUAGAAUGCAUCAUAAAAGAGUAGUCCAGGAAAAGAACAGACUCAUUAAUGACAUUAAAAGGCUAAAGACACACUAUGCAUUGUAUGAGCCUAUGUUAAGACAGCUGAAUGAAAAGUAUGAGAUUCUACUAAGAGAGAAAAUGCUUACAAGUUUGGAACGAGACAAAGCUGUUGGGCAGAUUACUGGCUUGCAAGCAACUUUACAAAGCUUGGAAUCUGGAAACAACAUUCACAUUCCUGUGAUGAAAGUAGGUCAUUGGUGUGAUAGAGAGGCUGGAUUAGAGGGACCGUCCCAAAGAGCACUUAGAGAAGCCAAGGAACAGAAAGUGCAUUCUGAUGUUAAUGCACAUGAUUCAACCAAAGAUCCCGCAAAACAGAUGAGCAAGAAAUAUCCAGCGGAUUCAGAAUUUCCUGAAGGUAUCCAAGUAAAUCCAUACCUUGCUUGUGCAAAAAAAUGUGUACGGCCAUUGAAGUCUGGAAUAUAUAGACUGAGCAACACAUUGAAAGUACAUGAUUUGGCAGUGACCUGCUUGGCUUUACAUCCAAGAAAAGACAUUGUUGUCACUGGAAGUGAUGAUCACUUAUGGAAAAUGUGGGCUUUUCCUAAUGGGAACAUUAUUGUGAAGGGUGAAGGUCACACAGAUUGGAUUUCUGGAUGCUGCUUCCAUCCAAGUGGAUCCAAACUUGUUACUUCAAGUGGAGACAAAACAGUUCGUGUAUGGGACUUCACAAAGGGUGGCUGCAUUCUAACACUAGAAGGUCAUAGUUAUGCAGUAUUGGAUUGUUCUUGGCAUUCAUGUGGUGAUUUUGUUGCAUCUGCCUCUAUGGAUGAAACAAGCAAAGUCUGGGACCUGAAGAGUGAACGAUGCAGGUAUACCUUGCGUGGCCACAAGGAUUCAGUAAACAGCAUCGAGUUCUUUCCUUUCUCCAAUAUUAUUCUCACCAGCUCUGCAGACAAGACUUUAUCUUUGUGGGAUGCCAGAAUGGGACUUUGUGCUCAAACAUUUUAUGGUCACUUGCAUUCCUGCAACCAUGCCACGUUCAACAUGAAGGGUGAUACAAUUGUUUCCUGUGAUUCUUAUGGUGUAUUGAAACUAUGGGAUGUUCGGAAGGGAGUCCCAAUGGUCUCCAUUGACGCUGGUCCUCACCCUGGCAAUCAGGUGGCAUUUGAUCCUUCUGGUCAUAUUGUGGCUGUUGCAAGCAAUGAUGGAACCAUUAAGACGUUGGAACUGAAAUCGGGACAUCUUUCCAGCUUAUUGGGCCAUGAAGAUAAAGUUCAGAGUGUAAUAUUUGAUCAUAUGGCAGAACAUCUAAUUUCAGGUGGUUCUGAUGGCACUGUUCGUAUUUGGAAUUGAGACCUCUAUUUAGAGAAAACUCAUAACACUGAAAGUGGCUUAUAAUGCCCUUAUCUGAAAUAACCGUCUGAAAUAAACAAUUAUAUUUUAUAUUAAGUAAAAUCUCUAUAUUUUAUUUAAAUGGAAACAAUAUUCCAAACUUUAUUUCUCUUGUAUCUUUCUUCAUGGCUUUAAAUAUGUAUUAAAAUAUAUACAAUUUGCCAUUUUCCUGGAGAAAUAGCUUUAUAUUGACAUCUAAUGAUAGAAAACAUGAACUGCAGAAAACCCGUACCCCACCCCUUUUCAAAUUAUUAUAAUAAAAGCUACAACUGACUGUCUCAUUUUGUGAAAAUAAUAAAACGUUUAACUUA